GCGGAGGACGCAGGAGAAGUGAGGUCACGUCUCCCUUGAGCCCCGCGCCGCUGGCUUUUCAGAGCCUCGCCGUGAGCGGGCGGCCAGAGUCCCAGACCACGCCGACCGAGCGCUCCUCCGCCCUCCUGGUGCCGCCGGCCUCGCCCAUGUCUCAGUUCGACCCCAGCUCGGACUUCAAGAGGGCUUUGGACAGCAGUCCCGAGGCCAACACCGAGGAUGACAAGACCGAGGAGGACAUGCCCAUGCCCAAGAACUACCUGUGGCUCGCCAUCGUCUCGUGUUUUUGCCCCGCGUACCCCAUCAACAUCGUGGCUUUCGUCUUCUCCAUCAUGUCUCUGAACAGCUACAACGAUGGAGACAUCGAAGGAUCCAAGCGGCUCGGGAGGAAUGCCAAGUGGGUGGCCAUCGCCUCCAUCAUUAUUGGCCUUCUGAUCAUCGGUAUUUCUUGUGCAGUUCACUUCACAAGGAACGCCUGAGCGGCCAGCAGUCAGCCGCGAGCAUGGAGGACGGACCUCAUCCGCACACACCCCACAGGAGUUUCUGAGGAAUGGACCCUUGACUUCAGACUGUGAGAUCUUUUCCUCCAGGACUCUCCAGAGGCAGGUCCCUGGCAAAUGAACUUGUAAAUGAAAAAGAAAAAGAAAGAAAGAAAGGGGGAAACAAAGUCCAAAAUUAAGGAAAACCAAGCAGCACAGACAGAUCAGCCAUCAUUUAAAAAAAAAAAAGGAAAAGAAAAACUCAAG